AUGUACUUAUUUAAAUUAGCCAUAGAAAACUUUGUUCUUAUUUCAGUGAAUUCGUUUCCGCUGCAAAGAAUAACACGUUCAGCGUUGCCUCUAUCGUCGUUGCUGGUGCCAUAUCCUCGAGUGGGCAAGAGAUCAACAAGCAACGCUGAGGACGUUGCGUGA